AUGGCCGAUUUCUCUCGCUAUGGUGGUGUGAGUGAUGAGUGGCCUGCAAUCGAGGCAUCGCUCCCACAACCAUCCCAAGCCAAUUCUCUCCUCGAAUCGCGGCGGUUGGUGAACGCAACGAGAGAGAAUUUGGCAGCGGAAGGUAUGAAAACACUAGGGCCUCAAGUCCGUACUAGAGACUUCGCCAUCCCAACAAGAGACGGCGAGACUAUUGAGGGCCGAACAUAUCGUCCUGUCUCUAUCGACGAAGAUAAGGUCCUGCCGCUGUACAUCCACCUUCAUGGAGGUGGGUAUUUAUUCGGAACUCUGGCCUCGGAAGAUGGUAUCUGUUCCUGUAUCGCCAUCGGUGCCCAAGUGAUCGUCCUCAACUUGAAUUACCGCCAUACCCCCGAGUACGUCUAUCCCACCGCUUGGGACGAUGCAGAGGACGCAUUGGAAUGGGUUCACAAGAACAUCAAGGAGCUAGGGACGGAUAGCCAGCAAAUAUUGAUUGGGGGAAUCUCGGCGGGCGCACAUAUUUCUGCAUCUCUAGUUCUCCAGCAGAAACUGGGCAAAGCCGCCGUCUCAUGCCCGCAGCUACGCGGGCAAAUUCUGAUGAUACCGUGCGUCGUUAACAUGUACUGCUACGAGCCGCAGCUGAAGAAGCUGAAGGAUCCAUCUGUUUCCUCUUAUGAGGAAUGUAAAGACGCUCCGAUUUUGCCAAUCGAUAGAUGCAAAACGUUCACGGACCUUUUGAAGAUUGAGAAUCCUCAAGUCUAUGAUUUGAAACUCAACCCCGGAAAUGCCACCUUGGAUCAGGUAAAGGGCCUCCCUCCGACUGUAUUUGGCAUAGCUGGUCGGGAUCCAUUGAGAGAUGAAGGGUUGCUUUAUGCUAAACUGUUAACAGAUGCUGGAGUCCCGACGGACAUCAACGUCUUCAAGGGGCUGCCUCACGGUUUCCGACGUUAUGGCGCAAAUCUUUCUGCCGCUGCGAGAUGGGAUAAGGUUAUGGAGGACGGCAUCAAGUGGGUUCUAUCCAACCCUUCUGGGUCGUACGAAUUUGAAGUGAAGGAAUAG